UUUGGUUUUGCUUUCACUUUACUAGAAAUCAUGUCAGUACAAUUUCUGGUAAAGGACACCGAUAAUUUGCUGUUUUUGACGUCCAACUUAUCCAACCCACAGUCAUUGCAUUAAAAAUACAUCUAAACCCUGUGACGGUUUCGUAUGGCCUGUCUGAUCUUGGCAGCGUGAUAAAGUUCGAUAUUAAACAGCAGCAGGUCAGAGCAGCUGGGAUCAAAUCCUAUUUUCCUACAGCAGCAUCAGUGUGAAAGUACAAGUACAAGUAUGAGUCAGGCAAGGACAAUGAGUUUGGAAGAGCAAAUCAGGAGCCUCUCACCAGUUGCAGCAGAUGCCCUGGCAAUUGCUGAAAUUACAGAUGACAUUGACAUUCAAGAGUUAACAAGAGUAGAUCUGAACGAACUUCUGCCAGGCAUUCAACAUUUAAAACUUAGAAAGAAGAUCAGUGAACGUAUAAAUACAUCUAAACAGAACACAGCUAAACCUAUUACUUUAGUUCUUAACAAGCUAAGGGAAUUCCUUCCGGUUGAUGUCAUGGAGAAUGCACUUGUUCCCGGGGGAGUGUUACAUGGCUACGUCCCUAUUCUUAGAGAUUUGGAGAAGCAGCUGGCCAAAGCCCUCUACUUCAUUCAGGCACACGUUGGUUUGCUCGAGAGCUACAUUGGAGAAGAGUCCAUGGAGGCUCAGAGCAGUGCUGCAUCUCCAUCAGUUGACUCUGCUACAGCAGGAAACCAGCCAUCAAAUGUUGAGGCCUUAUGUGCCGCUGACAGCCAGCCCAAACAAUGCAGAACAGAAGUGUCUGGUGCGCCGAACAGACCCACCUUCAAAGAAACUCAAGAUGAGACCUCAAUGUCACACUCUCAUACUUCAGGAGCAGCUGGUGCUGACACCCAUUUUCAAAAAAGUAUAACGGAUCCUUCUCAAAUUUCCACUGGUUGUGGGCAGCCCGAGCCACGAUGCAAACAAGAGAAUUCAAGGUCUGCAGACCAUCUAGGAGCAGAAUAUAAGAUGUCCUCACCUUGGUGGCCUCUAAAUAAGAAACAAGCAGUUAAAGUCCAUUCACAAGUCUGUGGAAAAACCCUGAACACUCACCUUGCACUCAUGAAACAAGUGGAUGAUCUGGCAGUCGGACUAAAGCGAGAGGAGACCAGACCGGAAGACUGCCAAGUCAUAAUAGCCUUCUGUCCUAUUACAUCUCGUGUGGGAACAGACAUUGAUGCCGCCAUGAGAACAGUUAAAAGUAACAAAGAUGUCAUUCUAGUGGUGAUGCACCAUACUUUUGAUCACUGCUUUGUCACAAGCCAGAGAUCUGCAUCUCACUACAUAAACGUAGUGGAGCUAGUUAAUGUUCUCUUCCAUGACUCUAGGGGACUUCUGCCUUGUGAAACAAAUGAUAAAGCAGUGACUCUCAUACACAAGGCCUUACAGAAAUACAGCAGCACUACUUACAAACGUUAAGUGUCCCCUGGUGGCAACAAAGUAGUGUCUGAAGUUUAACACGCAAACAUGAUUUAAAAACCUCAUUCUACCAUUCAAGGCGUUGGUCAUUCGUUCUAGUUCAGAAUAAAGCAUGUCAAUCUGUGUAGUCAACCAAAUGAAUGACUGUUGAUACUCAAAGUAGGACUAAAUUAGAUGUCUCACUGUAGAACAGCUGGUGUAAGGGAAUCUUUGCAGCGGCUGACCUCCAAGCAUGCCCUCUUAACACUACCAAUCAUGCGGGAUGCCUCGUGUGAAUUUCAGCUUUUCCUUCUUUUGGUAUUAGAAGCACGCAAUGUUGUUGGAUGUACUUUUAACAAAUGCUUGUCUAUGUCACUACUCAAUCAUAAGAGAUUGAAAAGUUGUAACUACAGUAUAAUUAAAUGAUAUUUAUUUUGCUUA